AUGUGCUUCGCCAUAUAUUUCAUUAGACAACAAAUCAUUGCGGAUCUCAAUGCACGAGUGGAAAGAUUAACCGCAGAUCAUACGUCGCGAGAUGCCACAUUUAUUAUCGAAGGGCAGAGAAUCAUGGUGAUGGUAAACACUGUGAUUGAAGCUAUUAAUGGAAUUACCGCCAAUUACGAAUCUCUUCGUGACCAAUUGGACCAUUUAACUGAAACGGGUUCCAUAGGCAAAUUAAGAUCUGAACAAUUUAAUACGCCACCUGAACAUAUAUCCAAUUCUUCCCGAAAGAUCUCUCACGCUUCUUCCAGUGGUUCAAGCCAAUUAUCAUUUUCCAAUAUUAUCUCAACAACUUGGAACGAAUUCAAACUUAUUUUUGAUAGGAUUAUGGCGGAAAAUAAUUAUUCUUUAGACGAUAUGUGUAAUGCAGUAUCUGUUGAAAUUUAUUGUCUUGGGGUGGGAAAAAUUAACAAGAAGACGAUGCACAAGUAUUCUGACCAUAAGUACUUUGAGCAAAAAUCAAAGUGGACUAUUAAAGGAUUUUUAGAGGAUUGUGUUCUAGAACCGCUUGAACGGAAAACAGAGUGUUAUAUUAUGUGCCUCGAAAAAAUUGCCAAUACUGAAGAAGGCCGGAGGCGUGAUCAAGCAAAUCAACUACUGCGUAGGUAUAGAUCGGCUCCGAGCCGGACUGGCAAUGACUCCACUGGGGCAUGGAUGACCUCUGAGGGAACGCGACCUGAUUAUCAAGUGGCCAAAAAUUGGGACAAUGCCCGUAAAUCCUCGAUUAACCUCUAUCAACCAACAUUUAAUGGCAACUCUCUGGGUGUUGCAAAUAUCAGCGGUGGGACUAUUGUUAUUGGAUCAAAAGAAGAGGCAACAUCUUCGGGUAGUAAACGUGCUUUUGAUAGCACUUUAGAUUCGGAUUUAAUUUCUCCUGCGGGGUCAAGGAGAAAUUAUCAGGAAAUCAGAUCGAUAAUUCAACGUCUGGAUCAGGAUGCAAGAGAUCUUACGAAAAUGAUAAAGAAGACACCAUCCCCAAGGCCAAUCAAUAAAGCACUUAUUAUUAUCACUCCACAAAAACCGACCCUUUCUGAAAAGUCAGCGCAAUACUUACCUAAUCAUAUAACAAUAAAUACAAACGAGCAACAUGCAAUUUUAAAAACUGAGGAGGUUUCUAUAAAAAUUCCGGAUGUAAUUUAUAACUGGCUUAUCAAAACUGAUAAGAAAGAAUUUAAAAAUGCCAUUAUGGCACAAAUUGAAUCGGAUUGUGAAGAUCAUCAUCAUUUUCGUCAAGUAUGCGAACUAAUUCUUUACGACUUGUGGAACCUACACGUGGAAAGAAUUGUCCCACUCUUCAAAGCACUACAAUCAGAAUAUCCAGAAUAUAAAUUCAGCUGGAUCGAGAUUGAAGUAAAAGCAGUUGUAUUUAUUGAGAUAUCUGGUGGCCCUAAUAAACCGGAUGAAAAACACAUAAAAGGGGAUUCAGAGAAACUUUUAAAAGAAGCCACAUUUGGGUUGGUUUCUUUACUUAGGCAUUAUUUGGAUAAAUCUGCAGAGAUGGCAAAGAACUUGCACGUUUAUAUGAUACAAUGCAUCGGUGAUAGGAUGACAUUAAGUAAAUUUUCGCUUAGUGAAAAACAUCAUUACAAAACUUCACAAAUCAAAUCCGCUCGAUUUCCAUUUUCGUUUGUUGAAGUUGCAGAUUAUUUGGAAAUUUUUAAACUGUUAUAUGCUUUAAUAGAUGGGCUUGAAAGUCAAACAAAAGAGCUACACAAAUUAAGGUUAUCCCCUAACGAUUGUGUACCCAAAGUUCGAGACUGGCUUUGGAUUCCGGACACAACUGCAACUUGGACAGGCGAUCAAUGA